CCUUCGUGAGAUACGCGCGCUUUCACGAUGUCCUCAUCAAAUAUGGCGCGAAAACUUUUAAUACGUAAAUUAAAAAUUGUAAACUUUCAAAGGAGACUGUGCUUAAGUUCUGCAUUUAGGGACUCAGACAAAUUUAUUGUUUCGUCACCGCUUCCCGAUAUUGUUUUGCCGCAGACAAGAUUCAUCGACUAUUUGUGGAAAGAAUCGGGAAGUUACAAAAAUCUAACUGCCAUCGAAAGUUCGGAAACAAAGAAGACGUACACAUACACACAGCUUCAGAGAAACACAUCAGCAUUUGCCACUUCCCUGCUGAAGAAGUUGAAGUUAAAUCAAGGCGAUGUGGUCGCGGUAAUGCUUCCGAACUGUCCCGAGUUUCCUGUCGUUGCUUUCGGGACAAUGCAGGCUGGGUGUAUACUGACAACUGUCAAUCCUCUUUACAAGGAAGCGGACAUCGGUCAUCAAGUGGCAAUAACUGAACCGAAACUGUUCAUCACGGCUGCCGAAUGCUACGAUAACGUGAUGAAAGCUUUGAAAUUCGCUAAAAGCGAUGCCAAAAUAGUCCUGAUCGACGAUCAAAGCUCACCGAUACCUAGCGGCACAAUCAGAUAUUCCGAACUAGCUGAAAAAGCCGAGAUAGAUAACGGUGUUUUAGACAAAAUCGAAAAGAGUGACGACGAUGUUGCGUGCAUACCUUUUUCUAGUGGAACUACGGGUAUGCCUAAAGGUGUAGAGAUCACAUAUAGGAACCUUAUUGCAGGAAUGGUCUGUAUGCAUAUGAAAGAAAACUGUUUUCCUCAGUUGGCGACAGGGUUAUCAAAUCAAGACAUUGUUCCAUGUAUCCUCCCUUUCAUUCACAUAUAUGGCCUCGUGAUAAGUCUAAUGGGGCAUUUGUCUAAAGGCUGCAAACUGGUCACAAUGUCAAAGUUUUCGGCGAAUCUCUUUUUCGAUGUACUGAAGAACCAAGAUGUUAGCUUACUAUACAUAGUGCCUCCUGUAGCGAUAUUGUUGGGUAAGCAUCCAGAUGUACAGGCAGAACAUUUCCGCAAUGUUCGUAAUAUAAUCUGUGGGGCCGCGCCGUUGGCGGCUUCAGAUGUCGACGCCAUAUUGGAAAAGAGUAAAAAAAACAUAGAAUUCAAUCAAGGUUUCGGAGCUACAGAAACAACGUCACUGGGCACGUCGACCUUCAAAGGCUCCACUAAUGUAGACUACUCUGCGUGUGGAAUGCCCAUGGUCAAUUUCAAGCUGAAAUUCGCUGACCCUGUAACUGGUGAACCUAUACCGAUCGGCGAACAAGGCGAAAUGUACAUGAAGAGUCCUACAGUGAUGAAGGGCUAUCACAAGAACCCUGCUGCGACUAAGGAUACAAUCACGGAAGACGGAUAUUUCAAGACCGGUGAUCUCGGAUAUUAUAAGCCGGGCGUUGGUCUGUUCAUCACCGACCGUAUAAAGGAACUCAUUAAGGUGAAGGGUAUGCAGGUAGCCCCCGCCGAGCUGGAGAGUCUCCUCCGCUCUCACCCGGCCGUGGCCGACGCCGCCGUCAUAGGAGUCCCACAUGAGUUCUACGGCGAAACGCCUAAAGCGUUCGUCAUCCGUAAAAACGGUCACGACAUUUCGGAGAAAGAGCUACAAGCCCACGUUGCUAGCAAAGUGGCCGUGUACAAGCAGAUAGAGGAGGUGGCUUUUGUUGAUGCUAUACCAAAGACAGCCUCCGGGAAGAUACUGAGGAAGGACUUGAAGAAGAUGUAUGCGUAGAUCGCAAACAAUACUGUCGCAUAAGGGAAAUGUCCAAGAUUUUAUACUGGUGGUAGGGUCCGCGCGGGUAGGUACCACCGCCCUGCCUAUUUCUG